CAGAGGACUUUAGCUUUCCAGUGACUUACAUCAUCCUGCAGACAAUCGGCAGCCAAGAGGAGCACAGCUGCCACAGUCUUCAGAUAGCUCUCUAUUUAAAGUUCAAAGAGACUCCGGAUAACAAAAAGGUAGAGGUAAGGGUGGCCUUUAUCACGCCACUGGAUAAGAAGAAUAAUGGCUGAAAAAGAGUAUACAUUAUCAAACCUCACGGUUCCUAUUCUUCUCCUGAUUGCUUGGAUCGUAGGCUGCAUCAUAGUGGUUUAUGUUGUCUUUUCUUAAAAAGGCAAGAAGACUUCAGAUUUACAUCAUUUAGAAGAAUUAAGAAAAAACAUGAACAUGACUUAUUGAAUAUGUAUUGUUUUAAUAAUGAAAUGUUUGCCAUCAUAGUAUAAGCUUUGAUUAUAAACUGAUACUUUCAUGUACCUAACACUCUCUUCAGGAACUUAUUUAAAAUUAUGAGUACAAAAAGGAAGUAUUGGAAAAUAUGAGUGAACAUCUCUCUAUACUCACAGAGUAGAAAAAAAUGUUCCUAAUUAUAAUUACGAUGCUUAAGCGGUAGAAAAAAUUGUGAUAUAUAUAAUUAUAUUAGAAAAUAUUUUGUUCUCUCAUCCCAGAGAAUUACAGAAAAAUGCACUAGACAAUAAAAAAUUCACAGAAAAAAUGUAAAUGUAAACUUGGCUCUUAUUUUCUUGCUUGUAAUAAAAUAAAUAUAAUUCGAACUAUAUCAAGGAAUUGUUGCUCAGUUAUCAUGUGGAAGAAAUAAAGAUAUUUGACAACAUAUGCAUUAAUAAA